CUAUUUGUCGACGACACCUCUGCUUGUAUAGACAUUCCAGCCCCGAACGAAUUCGCUGCCAUGCCUGAAUCAUAGGCAAGAGGGCACACGUUGACGACACGUUCACCACGAGACAAGGUGCUGCUCCGCCUCCAAACAUGCACACAAUUAGCGGACUUCCUCUCGCUCCCACACGCGCUGUUGCCGUUUGAAAUGUAUCGCAGGCACCUCCAAGGCGAAGACCUUCAUGGAGAAACCGUCGACCGUCCUGACCAAGUUCAAGAGCUACAAGGCCGAAAACACGAAAGUGUGGCUCUGGCUUGACACGCUAGAUCGGACGAGGCAGACGCUGAGUUGGCGGCUUCCCUCUCUCGGGGGGCGGCGGGGAGCGUCGACGCCGCCGGCUCCCCAGCCGGCUCCCCCGCUACCGGGGCGGGCGCCGGGGAGAGCGUUGACAGAGCAGAGAGUCCACCUGCAGAUCAGGGACCGGCGGCGCAAGCGGCGUUGGCUGAGACGGAGGUCCCGCCAGGAACCGGGAAGUACGUCGAUGUCGUUGGCCGCCGCCGCCGCCGCCGCCGCCGCCGCCAACAUCCGCCGGGAGCAAGAGCGAGAGCAGGAUAAGGGCAGGGAGGAGGGCGAGCACGUGGGCGAGGAGGUGCCUGAGUGGUGGGUCUUCCCCUUCCUGCUUCUCACAGCGGCGUACAGCCCGUGGAGCGGUCAGGCCCCGUCGGAGUGGAAGCACCUCGACUCUUCGGACGGGCCGUCCAAAAAGCGGAAGGGCGCGGACGUCACCGUGGACUCUGAAAACCCCGUGUGCAGCCCCGCGGUGAUGUCUCGCCUCAACCCCAACGGCGACGCUUUGAGCCGCCGCCAACACUUCGCCGCAAUCAAGCGAGAGAAGGAGCAGGAGAUGAAAGCAGCGGCCGAAAAGGAACUUCAAGAAGCCCGGAAGGAACCCCUUGAGACGAAGAAGGGCCUGGCCGCCUUUGAGGCUGCGAACACACACGUCGAGACCAUAGGCGCGGACAUGAAGAGGAUGGUCGAGCUCAAGGAGGCGGAGGCUGUGGGCAUCAAGCGUGAGAACAAGAUCAAGGCUCUCGAGAAAAAAAUUGUGCUGCGUCUGGGGGACGAGACAGAGAACCGGGCGGAGCUCGUGUUCUUGCUAAUCGAGUUUGAGUUAUCCCAUUACGGUUGUUGCGUGUUGGCAUGUGAUCAUUGUUCAAAGAAGGGCGGUUGCUUGUUCAUUAUCUCGGUGUUUUUUUGA